GGAGAUUUCAAGGAAUCAAACAUCUUUCUUUUGUGCUCCGCUUGGGACCCCCGACACAUGGGGUCACAUGGGCUGAAGGGGUUAACAGUGCAGGCUGCUGCAGUCGCUGCGGAGACGCCGAGGAGAGAGCGCACUAAUUAGCAAAACCUGCUCGAGCAAUUAAAGUCUCCAGAGAAGACGCGCAGCUUGGAGCCCCAGAGAGCUGAUCUAGCUCGCCCGUCACCUUGGCACCAUGAGUUGGAGCUUCCUAACUCGUCUGCUGGAUGAGAUCUCCAACCACUCCACCUUUGUGGGUAAGAUCUGGCUGACGGUGCUCAUCAUCUUUCGCAUCGUGCUGACAGCCAUCGGGGGCGAGACCAUCUACUACGAUGAACAGAGUAAAUUUGUCUGCAACACGCAGCAGCCUGGAUGUGAGAACGUGUGCUACGACGCAUUCGCGCCGCUCUCACAUGUUCGAUUCUGGAUCUUUCAGGUAAUCAUGAUCACCACCCCCACCAUAAUGUACCUGGGCUUUGCCAUGCACAAGAUUGCCCGCAUGGACGACAACGAAUACCAGCCACUCCACCGCAACCAGAAGAAGAGGAUGCCCAUUGUUAGCCGCGGGGCAGUGAGGGACUAUGAGGAGGCGGAGGACAACGGGGAGGAGGACCCCAUGAUUGCUGAGGAGAUUGAACCGGAGAAGCAGGACAAAACAGUGAAAGAUGCAGUGAAAAAGCAUGAUGGUCGUCGGCGGAUAAUGCGUGACGGCCUGAUGAAAGUCUACGUGUGCCAGCUGCUGUUGCGCUCUGCCUUCGAGGUCGCCUUCCUUUUUGGCCAGUACAUCCUGUACGGAUUUGAAGUGAUACCCUCUUACAUCUGCACGCGCUCGCCGUGUCCACACACAGUGGACUGUUUUGUGUCGCGUCCCACGGAGAAGACCAUCUUUCUGCUGGUGAUGUACGUGGUGUCUUUCCUCUGCCUGCUCCUCACCAUUUUGGAGAUCUUCCAUCUGGGGGUUGGAGGUGUCCGUGACACCUUCCGUCGGCGUGCCACCCUCGCGGCUCGUGCCCCGCCACCCUCCUCUUCGUGCCGCCCGGGUUCCCUGCCGACAGCCCCGCCAGGGUACCACGCUGCCAUGAAGAAGGACCACUGCAGGAAGCUGAAGGGGGGCUUGAGGGACUCGCCACUGGGUGACUCUGGGCGGGAGAGUCUGGGGGAUGAGGGGCACUCGUCCAGGGAGCUGGAGAGGCUGCGGAGGCACCUGAAGCUGGCCCAGCAGCAUCUGGACCUGGCCUAUCAGACAGAGGAGGGGAGCCCCUCGCGAAGCAGCAGCCCUGAGGUCAACGCGGCAGCGCAGACAGCCGCCGAGCAGAACCGCCUCAACUUCGCCCAGGAGAAACAAGGAGAGCCUAGCGAGAAAGGAAUACAUGCCUGAACGUGCUUCCUGCCUCAAACGUCUGCCCUCCCAUUCCUACUGGCCUUAAACAUAUGGGGGAAGCACAUAUGGGAAUGCAGUCAGACCACUGAGGGAGACCAAAGUGUGUAUGUGUGUGUGUUGUGUGUGUGUGUGUAUGUGGCGAGAAAUGUGCCUUUCAGUAUUAAGGGUCAGUAAAAAAAAAACAAAAAAAAACGCUGACAGAGCUGCAUUGUGACAGUGGUACAUCUCCACACAACUCUCAACUUGAAAGCGUGCUGUCUAGUUUGCUCUCGAGUUUCUGCUUGCCGAUCGAAGCCCCACACCUUGACAGUGCCUAUCGCUGCAGUGCCUUGUCUACACCCCGUUCUUCGCCCAAAGGUUUUUGCUGCCAUGUCAUAAUCCUUAUCAGUCAGCGACCUUAUGUGGGGAUUAUCUAAGCUUUAAGAUCCUUGCUGGCCAAAGUGUACUUUUACUUUUUUUCAGUCUUUAAUGAAAGGGAGCCUGUCUUUUCAUAAAAUGUUGAAGAACCAUCCCUCGUCGCUGUGCUGAGACUUGUUUGCCGAGCACACCGCCUUGGCUUUUGUCAUUCUGGGUCUUGUGGGUUCUAUUUGUUUUGUUUAUUUGUUUCGGGUGGGGUGGGUGGCGGUGUGUAGAGCGGCUUAACUUGUGGUAGAUGUGUCUUCCAUGUUUAUCUUCAACAUUUGACGUGUGUGAUUAUUAGCUGAGGCCAGAGGCCACACCAUUCCAGAAAUGUUAAGCAUCAAUCCAAGCAUGUAUAUUUACUGAAAUUGGCCAAAAUGUUUACCUGGGAAAUGCUUGAAUUCUUUAUUGACAGGAAAUUGUCCUCCAAGCUGAUUUUUAAGAUCUGAUCAAGGUUUUUUUUUUUUAUUUUAUUUUUCUGGCAUUGGUUCAUUUCAAAUACUUCAACAUUUUUUUGACCGAAACACAUCCAAUUCACUCGGAUUCUUGACCAAAGCAACAUUUACAACAUUAACAUACAUUUUCUGUGACUUGAGUUUUGUGUUGGUACCCUGAAGUGAAAUCCAUUUCAUGACUGCUAAAGUGGGCACUUUGAUGUUUUGUAAAUCCUGUUUUUUUUUUUUGUUUUUUUUUUGUAAAAUAUGUACUGUAAAAACGUGUAAUCACAAAGGACUACAUUUGACAUGUUCUUCCAUCUUAAUUGUAGCCGUUUUUCCCCACCUAAAUAGAAGGAUGGCUCUGGAUCUUUUUCCUUUCUUUCUUUUCUCCUGUGCACAAACUCCCUUGAGUACAGGAAAUUUUGAAUCACAGAACAAAUUUAUAGCUCAACUUAGUGUAAAACUUGUGACCAGAGUUACGUGCUCAUGCUGGAUUCCCGUGUUACGUGUUGUCUUAGCCCGCCACUUGGCUCUGUGUGUUUUGGCUGGCAGAGCAAACUGGAGACUGCCACAGGGGCUAUUUGAUGCUGUGCUCUUAUAUUCAUCCCACCCAGUUAUUUUUCUACUUAAUACAAGGUAAGACAUUCAUUUUGAAUAUGAUACCACUUCAGUGGUUUAUAUGUAUGUUUGUUUUUCUUUUUUUUUUCUAUUGCAAGUUUUGUAGUUUUUGUAACUGUAGAGAUUAUUUUGUCUUCAGAGAGAAUAAAAUAUAUUUGAACUUGA